UGCACCGAUGCGUGUUUUUCAUCCACUUUCGUCCUGAUCAGCACUUUUAAGACGUAUGUGCAGAAAAAUAAUACGCUGAUUCUGAAAUCUUUCUUUUCGCUUUCGGCACUAGGUCAGUAAUGCUGGCUUAUUCAAACGUCGGGUCUUAAGUCUUUGGGAAACUUUCCUCUAUCGCCAAAUUUCUUAUUGAUCGCCAAAUUUGGAAAUUUCUUAUUGAACAGGUUUAGGUUUUAAAGAACUUUAACAUGGGUGACCAUUCACAUCAUCACCAUCAUAUGGACCAUUCACAUCAUAUGAUGGAAAACACGACCACCUCCACCGAAUCUGUACUGGGCACCAUCCCUACCGCAACAGCAGCUACUAUCCUACAAGCAGUAAUGACCACUAUGAUGUCACAUGACGCACACCACCUUCACCGGUCGCCUGUGGAAUCUCAGCAUGCUGGACACAACUUUCAUUCGGAUCAGAUGGCGGCAGAUUCUUCUGGGGCUGAUGUCCAUGCUACACAUUUAAGCGGUGGUGGAGAUCAUAUGGCGAUGUAUUUCCACUUUGGAGUUGACUCAGUUAUUUUAUUUAAGGAAUGGACUACUUCAUCUACAGAAAGUAUAAUUGGCUCUGUAAUUGGUAUUUUUAUUUUGGCAAUGAUUUAUGAAGGCAUCAAAUUCUUCAGGGAAUAUCUCUUCAAAAAAUAUUUUACCUCUUUGGAGUAUUCUUCUGUAUCAGUAUUAGGUGAUGAUGGAAAGCCAGUGACUGAAGUUCAUAAAGUUGCAAGAAAUCGUAUGCUGAGCUGGCCACAUAUGAUACAGACGUUCCUGCAUGUUGUACAGAUGAUACUCAGUUACUUUCUGAUGCUGAUAUUUAUGACUUUUAAUGUCUGGUUGUGUCUCGGUGUCAUACUUGGGUCAGGUGUAGGAUAUUUCCUAUUUGGUUGGAGGAAGGCGACUGUGGUUGACAUAACAGAGCACUGUCAUUAAAAUACAUUAAAAUAAUUGUCUUUUCUAAAAAAAAAGUAAUGGUUGAUAGAAAAAAAAGGUUGUCUGUAUGAUUUUACCAAUUUUUCUUGCCCAUCAUAAAGAAAAAAAGUGGGUACGAUUUUUUCAAUCUUUCAACCAUUACUUUUAAAAAUAUCUAAAUAAAAAUGCCUGCCUGUAAAUGGUUAAAUAUAUGUUAGCUGACUUAAAAUUUGCAGGCUGAUUGAAAUCAAACCACAAAAAAUUGCUGUAUAUUUUAAAUUAUUUUUAUUUAUGAUAUGAGUGAAUUUGUUUUUAAAUGCUUCCAAAUUCUAUGCCAAUAAUAUUGCAUCAAACAAUAUUGUUGUAUAGAUGUUUCUGUUAGGGAUAAAUGAUAUGUAUAUCUUGUAUAUACUAUAUAUAUGCACACAUAUAUAUAUUUUGAUAGAAUGACUAGAUUAACUUUAAGAAUCAUGUUGGUGUUCAGCUUCUUGUAAAUAUGAAGUAUUUUAUUCUCUCUGGAUGUUAAAUUGGGUCCAAAGAAAUGGAUAUACUUCAAUGAGCUAAAAAUGCUUAAAUGUUUAAAACUGUGAAAAUUUUGUUUUGUGAAAUAUUUUUUAAAUGUUUAUUGCAUUCUUAUUCAUUUAAUUUUCAUUGUUAUUACUAUGUGCAUAUGUUUCUGUCAAAUUUUAAUUUUUUAAAUGUUUUAAUUAGCAUUGUUUGCAGAAUUGAUUUUGAAGAGAGAAUCUCAAUUUAAAAGAUCUGUGGUUGAUGUGAAAUCAACAAUAGAAGUUUUGCUAAAUGUUAUUUUGUCUUAAAAACAAUUUUCAAAUCACUCUCUACAUCCAUUAUUGAAAAGUGAUAUAUGAAAUACUAUGUAUUUUAUCUAAAUGAUUUUUUUUAUUGCAAAAUAUAUUUACAGCAAAACUCAGUUUUCAGGUUUAAAAUCUAAAUAAAUUUUCCAUUUAAUAAAGUCUUUAUAUGUUUACUUCAAAUAUCAUUCUUCUUUCAUGUCAAAUCAACAUAGAAUUUAUCGAAGUUAAGUAUUGUAUGUUUAUCUGAUUUGAGUAAUCUGUCUUAAGUAUGUAAUUUGAAAUCUCAAGAAAACAGUAAAAAUAUUUAUUAUUAUUGUUUUACCUUCUGAGUAGUUGAAGCAUAUUUUAUAUAAU